AUGAACGGCGUCUGCCCCAGCACCCGCGUCGCCGGCACCCCAGCGCGCUACGGCACCACACUGGCAAUCUACAGCACGCAGGACGUGCUGUGCAUCCUCAAGCCCGUCGACGGCGAGCCGCAGCCCCCGCGCGAACUAGCGCUCCCCGUCAUCCGCGCGCUGGUGCUUCACCAGCUCGAGUGGGGAUACGCCGACAGCGAGAUUGCGCGCGGGCUGCGCAGCCUCGAGGAGCAGAUGGGCAAACACGACCCAGGCAUGCCCUUCACGCCGCUCGCUGGGGGGCCCCCGGCGCCGCAGCAACCAGGCGGGCCGUACCCGUACUGGACCCCCAACCCGGAGCACUACAAGCGCGCCGCUGCGCCCGUCAAGAAGCUCGCAAAGCCCGUCAAGACGUUCCACACUGUCGUACUUCCGCUCCUCGGUUUUCGUCGCCGACGACCGGCCAGAGACAAUGCUCGCCAGCCCAUCAGCCCCGCCACCACCGGGGCUGCCAGCCAUCAAACCCUCGCCGCCACUAUCCCCUCCGCGAAUCCUCCCACCAUCACCCACGUUCAAGUCCACCGCGCCGCUUUCACCCCAUCGUACACCGCCGGAACGGCCACUGCGCCCAGAGACAGAGUACUUGGGCUACCUCGCGGGCUCUCCCCCAGUGUCCCCCACAUCCCCACCUCCCCUGCCAUCACCUCCACCCCUCCCUCGGGCGGCGCCGCCGCGGCCGCCCCGCCCAGAAACAGAACCAAGGCGCACACCGCGCCCGACGACCUCGCCCCACCCGACGACAGCGAGGACGGGCACGACUACUCGUUACAAGAGGUCGAGGACAUGUGGCGCGAUGAGGCCAACUUUUUGCUGGAGUACGGCAUCGACCUCGACCUGGACCAUGACCCGGAUUCGCUCGACGCCAGCGUGAGCAGACACAGCCUGUAUCCUGACGGGCAUGUGGCGGGGCUGGGGCUCGCACUGGCCGGCAUGGGGCUCGGACAGCACCAGCAGAGCAGCACAGCCGACACGCCUGCUGCGCGCGCCGAGGCGCGUGCCGCCCUCAUGCGCCGCAAGACGACACGCGACUCGCGGAUGCAGGAGAUAAUCGACUUCACGUCCCCGCCGCCAAGCUUCAGCGGGCACGGUGACGCCCCGGCACCGUGGCGCUGGUCGCUGCCCCCCGCCGCGCAGUCGACUGAAGAGGACUGGAUCUACUCGGCGUACGAGAGCAGCUCGCCCGGGUGGUCUGAGAGCGGGUGGGGCAGUGCACAGCGCCACGGUGUGCCGCAGGACACCGGCGUCGAAGCCGGGGUGGGAAGAGCAAUGUAG